CAUUCACCUGACUGGAUAGUGGUUAUGCAGCAGAGCCUGCUUGAUAUUUUCCUCCGGUUAGUCUUAACAGGUGUUUAAACCGUUCAACACAUCAAGGCAGUUGUUUCCGCCAGCGACCGGCUACGAUCAUUUGUUUUUCUCGCGCUGACCGAAACUUUUACUGGGACACCGAUCGGCAGGACUGCAAGGACUGUCAGUGACAAGGACGAUUUGUACUGUAGUCGGAGAUUUUUUUGUGUUUUUCUGUUGACUUUGCGUAAAAUACGAAUGAAUUUACUGUGACACUUUGAGAAUUGUGAUGUUUGAUUUUGGUGGAGCCCUAAUGGAUUAUUUUUCUUUCGGAUAGUUUCAACAGAUGAUGCCAUCUCAAAAUGCCCAUCCUACUUCUAAGAGAGGACUCCUCCACAUCUCUUUCCACACUGGUGGAAAAAGCCCAGAAAAAAUCGACCCAACUGCUCGAAUACGAUCUUCAACUCAAUAACAACCACCUUGAUUUAGUAUUACUUUCCAAACCCGAUCGAAAAAUCAACUCAACCUCUACGGACGAAGGCUUCGAGUCGGACAUUGACAAUUAUUCUUUAGUUUCCAGUGAUAACGAUAGUUUCACCAUCGAGAAACCAACUGAAAAUGGCUCAAAACCUACCACUGAGACUGACUCUGCCAACGGUUCCUCUAGUUCGGACUCGGAUACUGAAGUUGCAGACCCGAAGCAAGCCGAAACGCAUCCGGAACCCGUUAACCCAGACUUCAAAGUGGGCCCACUCCUCAACCAAGAGAAAGAGAGUUUCAAUCUAGUCGACUGCGUGUGUUACACCGACGUCAAAUGCACUGAUAUCCUGAUUUUCGUCAUCAGGAAAGAAGCACUGGUCUUCAAGUUUGACAAUAUCGGUCACCUGAAGAAUUUUUACACCAACUUCACCACCCUAAAAGCAGUUGCCAAUCAGAAGGCUUACAAUAAAAACCUCAUGACAAAGUUCAACCUGUUACAACGAACUGACCAUAAUGGUAUAACCCAUAUCGAAAUCACCAGGGAGGCUGAUAUCAGAGCAACAAAAAAUGAAGGCCCGAGUAGUAUCAUCAGCAUCAACACGCCAGGCGAAAUUUUCGAAAAGUAUGCCAAACAUAAGUAUAAAGGCGCCAACUCAAGGCAGAGAACGGAAAGCCAGUUCAUCAACGACAUCAAAUACAAUACUAUAAACUCAAAACUGGGCCCCAAAGCCAGAAUAAUCACGAAAUCCAAUUCCAUAGAGAAUAUCUUGGAUCUGGACCAGAAUAGAAAGUCUAAUCUAGUCAUCAAGGAUAGCAACCUCAGAAAGAUUUGGAACAGUGCUGAGGACUUGUUGGAACCUCCGAAACGCCCAGAUAGGCGGAAGAAAGGAAAGGCUCCGCAACCUCCCAAAACCGUUCAAGAAAAGCAGGACAUUUUUAGCGGCCAGUAUGUGAGAGUGAGUGUUAAUUUCGACCCCGUGAAAGAGCUGGACAAGAACAGGUUAAUCAUCAAGAGUUCCUUGAAUGAACCACAUCCAAAAAAGCUUCAAAACUUCAAUAUUUUGAGUACCAAGCCUAGUCUAACAUCGUUUCUCAGGUCAAAAGAAAAGCAAAUUCUCAAAUAUGAACCCAAGAAUCGAGAAUCGGACACCUUGAAUAGAUACAAGCCCAUGCCAGAGAGCAGCUGGACCAAUUCGGUUCCUCGACUCCUGAGGAAGCCUAGGAGUAAGUCGGAAACUAGGAAUUUCGUACCGAUGGCUUAUAGAUAUAUCGACACUACACAAGAUUACCCACUUUCGUACAGUACAAAUCAUAUUCUGGAAAAACCAACCGGGCUUUUUUCAUGUCACAGUCAAAACGUGGCACUCUCCAACUAUUUGAGGGGUGAAAAUUCUUCACCGAAUAUCAACAAUAGGUUAUUCGGGUUAAGCUCAAAGUUGAGGGAUUUCUCGAAUUCGGAGGACGGCAAAGAGAGCAGGUGGGGAGGGGGUGGUGAGACUAAUUCUAGUUCUAGUAAGGACACUAAUCUCAAGAGUGUUAUUAAAAAUAACAGUGAAUCUCAGAAAAAGAAAAAUGAAAAAAAGGUUACAUUUAGUGCUUACACCACGGUGCAAGUUGUUUAGGAUUUUAUCCUCUUCAUUUUCGAAAAUAAAUUGAUGAAAUAUCUGCUACUAUAACUUGGAAUUGGAACGUUGAUUUUGACUUAUCGAUUAUUACAUUUUUCAGAAAUCUCCGUAUUGGUAAUAAAUAGAGUUUUUCACGAAAAUUAGAUUUGAAGAAGUUUUAAGGUUUUUCUCAGUGAAAUACUAGUUAUGCAAUUGCCUAAAUUAUUUGACACAAUCUAUUGACAUGACGUAUUGAAUGCCUUUUUUUGUUUCCAAAAGUGCCUCAGACAAUAGAUUUUGAUUUUGGUAAUUGAUAUAGUAUUUUGAUAAUGAGCAAUAUUUUUCAGGUAUGGUAGUUAUUUUACUACUUCACCAAUGAUUACAUUUGUUUAACAAGUACUUUUUAUAGAAAUUUCUAUAUGAAAUCUAGCCCCUAAACUUGUUUCGUCAUACUGUUUCAACGGCAAUCAACAUUGUUGAUGACAAACUGAAUCGAUUUCAUGAAUUUGUAAAUCUUCUUGAAGGAGAGUAUGACUUUGUGAGUCAAGCAAUCAAUCGGAUCCAAUUGAUUGCUUGGAGUUCUUGGACUGAUUCAAGUUACACUGGUAAAUAUUCUUUGAAAAACAUUUAUUGUGUAGCAGUCAAUUUUUCUUACUGUGUUUUGGGUAUUCAACAUUUCCAUACAUUGAAAAUGAACAAUGAAAUCAAUAGAGAAACAGCUGAAGUGUGAUAAGGGGGAAAAGUUACUGCAUAUUUCCGUAUUCACGAAUUUUUUCUACAUGUGUUCAGGGUAAACCGUUCACUUCAGUAGAUUCUCCAUUGGUUUAGCUUUUUUUGAAAAAACAAAAACAGUGGUAUAUCUACUGAUAGGAAUGUAGACAUGACUCUCUGUAAGGCUGUUACCAUUAAUUUUUUCCAUGAGGAUCACUCAAAGUUGCUCUUGCGAAUAGUUUCGGUUAUGGCAUAGAGAACGGAAUAAACCUAAAUUGCGUUUUCACAAAGGCUCGUACCCUAUGAAAAAUUUAUGAAUAGCAAAUUAUGCUAUGAUUUUGGCUCUGAUAUCAUCUAGUUGUUAGUUUGAAGUUAAAACUGUAGAGAAGUAUAAAGCAAUUUAGCGAUCAUCUUUUUGAAAGUGAAGGUCACAUCCGUAGCACUAGGAUGUUGAACCAUUUUUCGAAGUACGAAGUACGAAGUCCUCAAUUAGUGAUGUUUGGACAAUAUACAUCUUCCAAAAUACGGUCAAAUGACCGUAUGAUCAGAAUGAUCACGUCCGCUAAGCAAGAAAGAACAUUUUUGAAUUCAAAUAAAUCGCCAUAUUCAAAUAUUUUCAAGGAUAACGUUGCCAUAUACAUUCCUAGAAUUGUUUGUUGAAUUAGGAUUCAGUUGAUUUAAUGAAAAAUAGUGCUGAGGGCAAGAGUUUCAUAUCUAAUUUGCCAAGCUAAUCAAGAAAAUAUCGUAACAUUUUUGUAAAAGAGAGAGGUGAAUUUCACGAAGCUUCGUUGGUGAAGCAACAGAAUAACUUACUUUUGGUAGUAUUACAAAAUUAGAUGUUUCAAUGAAUAACGUCAUCGUCCUAUUUCAAAAAACUCAAGACUUAGAGGACAAAUAUACCUAUGAACUUCUUCAUAAAAAACCACUCAAUAUAUUCUUAAAAUAAUGAUUCAAAAUUCACGUUUGAGAUAUACGUCACAUCUUUCAAAGUUUGUCUUUCAAGAUAUCUUUAAACAAAUCAGUUGUUAAUAUUCAUAAGAAUGGCAAGUAGUAAGAUCCAUUACACAAAAAUCUACACAGAUUUAUUGAAAACUCUCUUUCCUCAUCAGAACAAAAACGCUCUCCCUCGAUGCGGGUUUCGCUGACGAAGUUAGCAUCAUCAGUUUUAGUCAUUUCCUGAUUAUACUAACGCGAAACUCACGUCGAGCGACAGCAUUUUUGUUCUAGUUAGAGAGAAGUGUUUUCAAUAUAUUCAUUUCACACCAGAGAUUCCAAAUUCUACUUAUCAAUAAUAAGAUAUUUCAGUAUUGUAACACAAAAUUUUUCAAAACUAUUAAUUUCAUAUUUUCUCAGUAAAAUAUGAAUUUUAUUCUCAAGGAAAUACACACUAAUAUAAAAACCAACAUUCUCGUACAAUAUUCAUUGUUUCACGAUGAAUGAAAAUAUGGACAUAGUAUUUUUGGUAUUUAUUUUUCCAUCAUGCCUUUUUAAGAUAUAAUUUCACCUUCAGUUACAUGAAUUCUUCCCAAAUAGCCUGUGUCUUGUUGAUUUCUCUAUUAUCUUUAUAUGAUUCAAUAGUCUCGAAUAUGCAAUUGUAAGAGUGUAAACGUAACUCAUAAAACAUGUAUCAUAUUGUUGUAUACCUAUAACCAUAAAACGUGUACGUAAAAGCAAUUAUCUGUGUAAAUGACCUGCUUAAUGUAUAUAUGUAAAAAUUAUUGAAUAAAAUUUUAUGUCUGAA